AUGUCCGAACUCGAGAAACUGGAGGAAUCCCUCGUCCAACUGAUCCAGUGUAGCCAUGAAGCUGAUGUGGCGUUUGAUGAGGAAUUUUCCACAAGUGACCCAUCGAACGAGCCGGAAAAAUCAUCGCGCAUGCAGGUACUAUCACAAGCCACCGAGAAGCUGACCGAAUCGUUGGGCAUCUUGCAUGAGUUCGAGCUGCUGAUGUACGACCAAAUUUCAUCCUUGCAAGUUAUCUCCAACGAACUGGUGCUCAACUCUUUGCACCUGCAGGAACAAUAUUGCGAGUUGAAAGAGCUGGGGAAAAAGUUGAAAGAUAUCACCGCAAAAUGGUAUGAGCCCGCCGAACCGAUUGCCAAUACGAUGGAAGCUCUGUAA